AUCAAGGUGCACACGAUGGAGUCGCUGAAGGACCCGGAGUACCGCUACCCGCAAACGUACGGCGUGGAAAAGUUCUUGGAGCUGUUCAGCGAGGAGGACUACGACGCCUUCUGUCUCGCCUACAUGUUCACCUACCGGGACUUUGAGGGCGGCACGCUGGGCCUCGCCUGGACGGGCGACCUGAAGAACGCCGGUGGGGUGUGUGAGAAGAAUGGCCACUACCGCGGCAGCCUGAAGAGCUUAAACACGGGCAUCGUGACGCUGCUCAACUACGGCAAACACGUGCCGCCCAUUGUCUCACAUGUCACGCUGGCCCACGAGAUUGGACACAACUUUGGCUCACCGCACGACCCCGAGGACGAUCACGCGUGCACUCCGGGUGGCGAGAACGGCAACUAUAUCAUGUUUGCGAGGGCAACCUCGGGCGACAAGCGCAACAACAACAAGUUCUCCCCUUGCUCUCUGCGCAGCAUCAACGCCGUCCUCAACACCAAGGCGAAGAGUCUGAAGGGCUGCUUUCAGGAGCCCCAAGACGCCAUCUGCGGCAAUGAGGUGGUGGAGGAGGGCGAAGAGUGCGACUGUGGCUGGGAGGAGGACUGCAAGGAGCCGUGCUGCUUUCCAAUGCGUGCCAAUCCACCGCCCGAUGAGCCGCCCUGCAAACUUCGACCGAACGUCAUCUGCAGUCCCAGCCAGGGGCCCUGCUGUACGCAGGACUGCAAGCUGAAGGUGGGCAAUAAGUGCCGCGACGACAACGGCUGCCGGACGGCCAGCUACUGCAACGGACAGGGGCCGCAGUGUCCGCCCUCCACAAACAAGGCCAACAAGACCAUCUGCAAUGACGAGUACGUCUGCUACAUGGGCGAAUGCACCGGCUCCAUCUGCAUGGCCUACGGCCUGGAGUCCUGCCAGUGCAAACAGGGACCCAGUGAUCCGCCGACGAAGCUCUGCGAGCUGUGCUGUCGAAUGCCUUCCGACGACAGUACCUGCAAGUCCUCCUUCGAGUGGAACACCACCCCCUACGACGUGCCCGACCUGUACUCGAAGCCGGGCACGCCGUGUGACAACUACAACGGCUACUGUGAUACGAGUCAGCGCUGUCGCGAGGUGGACCCGUCCAGUCCGCUGGCCACGCUGCGCCGCCUCUUCCUCUCCAACGAGAGCAUGGCCAGUCUGAAGCGGUGGUUCAAUGAGCAGUGGUUCUAUGUGGCCGUCCUCGUCAUGAUCUCGGUGCUCAUUCUCGUAAGUUCCCGUUUUGAACUUGUUCUUUUGCCCUGA